AUUUAAGGUAAAGGUGAAGAGUCGCAUUUUGAAUUAGUCUUGAGGCUGAUUUAAGCGAGACAGCUGCCUCAAAAAAAACAAACAAUGGCUGAAUACAAACUGGAAGUGACAACUGGGAACAUGAAGCAUGCAGGGACAACAGACAACAUCUAUGUCAUCUUGUUUGGGUCAGAAGGGCAAAGUGAGCGCACAAAGUUGGACAAUUCUGGGACCGACUUUAAAGCUGGGAAGACAAGGACAUACACAGUCAAACCUGCCUCAUCUCUGGGGAAACUUCUGUUCAUAAAGGUGGAAAAAGAUCCUCUUUUCAUCUUCCCAGAAAACGAGUGGUACUGCUCCAAAAUCGUAGUGACGGCUCCGGAAGGGGACACGAUUGUUUUCCCCUGCUAUAGAUGGAUUUCCAGAGGUGAACUUGUGGAGCUCAGAGGAGGAAAAGCCAUGACAGUUUUUGAGGAGGAACAUUCCCUGUUGACUGAUCUUCGAAAAAAAGAACUAGAACUUAAAAAGAGUUUAUACAAGUGGGAGAUUACUGAUGAGAAGUUGCCACAUUCCAGUCACUUUAAAGACAUAUCUGAACUCCCUGCAGAAAUUCACUUCUCUUUGUCCAAAUCAGAACAGGUUCAAUAUACAAUAAGAAUGAUUAGCUCUGACCUGAAAUUUAAAGGGCUGGCUGGAUCCCACAAAAAAUGGAAAGACAUCGAUGACAUGAAAAAUAUCUUCUGGUCCAAAAAGACAACACUAUCAGAGUAUGUUUCACAGCACUGGAAGGAAGAUGACUUUUUUGGAUUCCAGUUUUUGAAUGGAACAAACCCCAAUGUGAUAAAGCGCUGCUCCAAACUUCCCCCAAACUUUCCAGUGACUGAUGAGAUGGUGAAACCUUUUCUGGAAACUGGAACCACUCUGGAAAAGGAAAUGGAGAAAGGCAGUAUAUUCCUGUGUGACCAGAAGAUAAUGGAUGGAAUUCCAGCCAGAAUGAGGGAUGGAAAUCCUAUGUACGCGACAGCUGGUUUGUGUUUGUUCUACAUGAACCCUGAGAGAAAACUGAUUCCAAUUGCAAUACAGCUGUACCAACAACCCUCUGAGCAGAACCCCAUCUUUCUGCCAAGUGACCUGGAAACAGAUUGGCUUCUGGCCAAGCUGUUUUUUAGGAGUUCAGACCAGAUUGAAUACCAGGCCGUCCAUCAUCUCAUGAGCGUUCACUAUCUGGCAGAAGUCUUUGCUGUUGCUACUCUCCGCUGCUUCCCAACUAUUCAUCCCCUCUAUAAGCUACUGAUCCCACACUUCCGCCACACUCUACACAUAAAUAUAGUAGGCCGUAAAACUCUUCUUGGACCUGGUGGAGCUUUAAGUGAGAGCUCUCUUGGAGAGGAGGGGCUGACAGAGCUCAUGAGAAGAGCGCUGUCUCAGAUGACCUACAGCUCCCUCUGUCUGCCAGAGAAUAUCGCUGCUCGAGGACUGGAGACCAUUCCCAACUUCUACUACAGAGAUGAUGCUUUGAAGGUCUGGAAUUAUAUCAGCAGUUUUGUGAAGUCUGUGGUGGAAUAUUACUAUAACUCUGACGGCAAUGUGUGCAAAGACUCUGAGCUGCAAGAAUGGAUCAAUGAGAUAUUCACACAUGGCUUCCUGAAAAACAAACUGUCAGGUUGUCCAUCGUUCUUUAACACCGUGGCUGAAGUGACCAAGUUCAUCACCAUGGUGAUCUUCAGAGUGUCAGCACAACAUGCUGCUCUUAAUGAUGGACAGUUUGACUACAACUCUUGGAUUCCCAAUGGCUCCCUCUUGCUAUGUGAACCUCCUCCCACCACCAAGGGGCAGUCCAGCAUGCAGACGCUUCUGGGGGUUCUCCCAAAUGUUGGAGACACAGUAAAGAUUGUGUCAGCUGUUUGGACUCUCUCAGAUAAGUACACUGAUGUGGUUCCCUUGGGUACAUACCCUGAGGAACAUUUUGAUGAACCUGCCCUGAAGCAGAUGAUUAAAGAAUUUCAAGCUGAGUUGUCUUACUUGAGUGAAGAAAUUACAGCAAGAAAUUCUCAGCUUAAAAUACCCUACCCAUAUCUGAACCCUGCUGUUAUAGACAACAGUGUGACCACUUAGGAAACAAGGCCAGCAGAUACUUCUUUUCUUUUUUUCAGCUGGCUUCUCCUGAAAAUUUUACAACUCUUUCAGAUAAUUGCAUAUAUUGUGUCUUAUUUAAUUUUCUAGUGAUUGCAUUUUUGAAUUACAUUCGUUUUUAAUUUCUUAACUGCAAACAUUCUCUAUGUUGCUUUGAAGUUCUGUAAUCCUGGGAGCAAAUCUCGGCUUUGGCUUUAUCUGCCAAAGGCAGAAUAACUGGGUUGAAAAAACUGUGAAGAUUUUGUUUUUACUCCUGAUUAUGAGAUCUCUACA